AAGAAAAAGAAAGGAUAGGUCUUGCCGACGCUAGUACUUUUCAAUACAAAGUCUUUUGCAAGCGUAAGCCGCGUGACAUUGAAAAAAAACCAAGUGUAUAAACAAAAGCAACACCACCUGUACACUCUAUUUACGCUCUUUUCUCCACAAAAAAGCAAUCAAAAUUCGGAUUACAAAUUUGUCUAAAUUUUGGCUUUUUGAUAAGUAAUUCGAUUGAGUCACCGAACAGUUAGUUUUGUUGUUGUGGCAAAAUGUUAGCUCAAGUGCAACUUCUGUUCAUGGUGGUGUUCAUGGAGAUGGGAUUGAUUUUGUUGUUUCUGUUCAGAACCCCUUUGAGGAAACUGAUAAUAAUGACCCUUGAUCGUGUUAAAAGAGGCAGUGGGCCUUUGAUUGUUAAAUCUGUAGCAGCUACUGUACUUGUUAUCAUGGUUUAUACUGUUUAUUCGAUUAAGGAAUUGCAGUCUCGUCCUACUGAUUCUGUUAAUCCAACUGAUCAAAUCCUUCUUGCUCAUCAGAUUCUUCAAGCUGCUCUUAUGGGAUUCUCUCUAUUCCUCGGCCUGAUGAUCGACAGGCUGCAUCAUUACAUAAGGGAGCUUCGUUUACUAAGGAAGACCAUGGAGGCCGUGAAGAAGCAGGAUCGUGCCUUGGACAACAACAAGAACGGCGAGGCCACCACCCUAAGGGAUGAAAUCUCCUCCUUGAGAAACAAAGUAAAUCAGCUGGAAUCAGAAACCGAAGCAAAAGAAAAGGAGGUGCAAUCUCAGAGAGCAAAUUCUGAUUCUCUGAAGCGCCAAUCUGAAAAGUUGCUGCUCGAAUAUGAUCGGUUGCUGGAAGACAAUCAGAAUCUUCGAAGCCAAUUGCAAUCUCUCUCACAUUCUGAUAGCAAAAAGAACACAUAGGAAGGAUAACAUCCGUCUGUUUUCUGUCUAUCUCAACUCUAAUAGUUGCCUUUCAGAAUUUAGGUUCAAGAAGUGUGUGCUGUGUAGCUCGUCUUUGUCAUCUCUGAUAGAUUCUUGUAAAAUGAUAUCUAUACUCUUUAUCACCUCCGACCGACAUCUCGAUUACCCUAAAAACUGUCAUGCCACUCCUGUGUUUGUCUUGGAGGGGGCAAUUAUGUAUUCAGAUUCUGUCUGUUGUUGAUCAUGGUAAAUCUAUGUGGUUUGAUUUGAAAA